AUCAGAAGCACACAAAUGUGCAGAUAGGAAGAACAUCGUGGACCAGAAGUAGCAGCAGCAGCAGGAUACACGAGAGGAUUGAAUUAGAAUUGUAAUCACACAUAUCUGAACCCUAAGCUUGUGAAAGGGAGAGAUCAGAGAGAGUAAAGAAAGGAGGUGUUCAUGGAGGAGGCCCUCAAAUCCCUCACCUUGGAUUACCUCAAUUUGCUCAUCAAUGGCCAGGCCUUCAGCGACGUCACCUUCAGUGUCGAGGGCCGAUUCGUGCACGCCCACCGCUGCAUCCUCGCGGCCCGCAGUCUCUUCUUCCGUAGGUUCUUCUGUGGCACCGACCCGCCGUCGCCAGGCCUCCUAUCGUCACCGAGGAGGGUGGCGGCUUCCCCUGGAACUGCCGGUGGCGGCGGCACCGUCAUCCCAGUGAAUUCGGUCAGCUACGAGGUGUUCCUGCUGAUUCUGCAGUUCCUGUACAGUGGGCAGGCCUCCGUCGUGCCGCAGAAGCACCAGCCUCGGUCCGGUUGCGGCGAGCGCAGCUGCUGGCACACCCACUGCACCGCGGCCGUCGACCUCGCCCUCGACACCCUCGCCGCUGCCCGCUCCUUCGGCAUCAAACAGCUCGAGCAGAUCAUCGAGAAGCAAUUGGCGGUCAUGGUGGAGAAGGCGUCGAUCGAUGACGUGAUGAAGGUCCUGGUCGCGUCGCGGCAGCAAGACCUGCAGCAGCUCUGGACCACGUGCUCGCACCUCGUCGCCAAGUCGGGCCUCCCGGCCGAGGUGCUUGCGAAGCACCUCCCCAUCGACGUGGUCGCCCGGAUCGAGGAGCUUCGUUUCAAGUCCUCCCUCGUUCGCCGGUCCUCCUUUGUCGCGCACCACCACCACCAACAGGUCGACGUUGCCGGUUCCUCUGCUGACAUCGACGACCACCACCACAAGAUCCGCCGCAUGCGUCGCGCUCUCGACUCGUCCGACGUCGAGCUCGUCAAGCUGAUGGUCAUGGGGGAGGGGCUGAACCUGGACGACGCGCUCGCCCUCCACUACGCCGUCGAGAACUGUAGCCGCGAGGUCGUCAAGGCUCUUCUUGAGCUCGGCGCGGCGGACGUCAAUCGCCCGGCCGGUCCCUCCGGAAGGACGCCGCUCCACGUCGCGGCCGAGAUGGUGUGCCCCGACAUGGUAGCCGUCCUCCUCGACCACCACGCUGACCCCAACGUUCGUACCGUGGACGGCGUGACCCCGAUCGACAUACUUCGCACUCUAACUUCCGAGUUUCUCUUCAAGGGUGCAGUGCCAGCUCUGUCGCACAUCGAACCCAACAAGCUACGUCUGUGUCUCGAGCUCGUCCAGUCUGCGGCACUGGUCAUGACCCGGGAGGAGGCUAAUAACUGUGGUGCCGAAAGCAACCCGAGCACGUCCCUCUUUCCACAGAUGAGUCCGGAAGCAGGUUCUUGUAACGCGAGUUGUUCAAGAUCCAGCAUGAUCGACCUUAGCCCAGACUCAAGAAUGGUGUAUCUGAAUCUUGGCAUGGCGGAACAAUUUGGAUGCAAGAUGAACGAUGGAGGCGGAGACGAAAAUAGCAGCAGUAGAUCACAAGGAGGAGGUGGUGGCAUUGGCCCAUCAUCCAUGUAUCCUUCUCAGGGCUUCCCAUGACCACAACCAUGCAUCAUCUGAAAGAUCACCUUGUCUCCGGUUACUAUUUACAACACAUACACAGCGAGGGACCGACGAUUUGUAAAGGGUGAUUUCACUGUCGCAUCUUUUUUCCAAGGAUUUUGUUCUUCUCGGGGGAACAGGGAGAAGAGCCUGUGCAGCUACAGGCAUCUCACAAUUUUUAAUGUUCUUCUUGAUCUAUUUGGAUUGUUGUGUUGGUCCACUGAAUGGUGGAGAUGCAAGUCGAUCUUUUCCUUGAGUUGUCAAUUUCUAUCC